UGCAAAGACCUUAAUGCUCAUUUGUGUUUAUAAUAAACUUUAUGUCAGUCUUUUGAGCUAUCCAAUAAAAAAUAAAAAUUAAAUAAAACAUAUAUACAUGUAUAUAUAUAUAUAUCAUAUAUAUAUAUAAUAGAAAGUCAUGUAUCAGAUUGGCAAACAUAACCUUAAAAAGGGAAAUUUCAUACGAGCUAAAAUUAAUCAGUUGAUAGGUUUUUCAACCUAUAAUAUUUGAGAUAGAUUUAUAAAUUUACGAAAUAUCUUUUGAAUUAAUAAUUUUUUAAAAUGAUCGAAGUGAAGUGUAGACAUUGCCGUAAAAAUCUUUUUCAAAACGGAAGUUUUACAUUGCUUACAUCCCAUAAUGAAGAUAAAAAUAAUAUUGAACAUACAGGAUGUGGUGACAAUUUUAUUGAACAUUUCUUAUAUAUGUCCACGGAAAAUUUACCAACAUGGAUACAAGAAAUAAUAGAUCAAACAUCCUGGACAAAAGGAAGAUUAAAUUGUCCAUUUUGCAAUACUAGAUUAGGAUCAUUUAAUUUAAUAAUUGAUACAAAAUGUAAUUGUGGUAUAUGCAUAGUACCACCUAUUAGACUGAUUCAAAGCAAAUUAGAUGUAUUAAAUGAAAAUGAUAUGAAGCAUUAUAUGCAUUGACCAACAAAUAUAAUAAGAUGAAUUUGGAAAUAUCUAAGUAAAGAAUUUUAAAAAUGAAAAAAUGGUAACAAAUGAAGGUAUGUUUUAAUUUAUAAUUGCAAUAUACGAGAAUGAAAUAUCUUUAUUGUAUUAUUGAAACUACAAUAUUUUUUUCUGUAAUCUUUGGAAAAAUAUGUUUACAUCAUAGCAAGCAGAAUGCAUGUAAAAAUAGAAAAUAAGUUCAUUAUUAUCAUUGUAUUCUUUAAAUUAUUAAAUUAUUAUCUAUAA